AUGGCGUCGGAGGCGCUGAGGAAGGCCGGGCAGGUGCAACAUCUGGCGGCCAUGCAGGAUGCCUUGAAGCAGUUCGACCUCCCUCGGAUUCGCGCGCGAAGGUGGGAGCCUGGCAUGCCGGUGGAAGAGGGCUGGAAGCUCAUCCAUUGGAUUCGCCAUGGCCAGGGCUACCACAACUUGUUGGCGGAGGCCAUGCGCUCGGUCGGCUGUGCUUUCUCCGAGCUGGGCGACUACGAGGAGGCGAAGAAGGCGGCCUUCCAUCCAUACGUCAACGAUGCGAUCGUGGACCCACCCCUGACUUGCUUAGGCAUCCAAGAUGCCAAGGACCUUUGGCCCAAAGCCAAGACUUUGAAGCCCGAGCUGCUGGUGGUGUCGCCCCUGAAGCGGGCGAGCGAGACGAUCAUGAUUGGCUUCAAGGAGGCGAUCCAGCAGGGUGUGCCACUGAUGGCCCAUGACGCUUGCCGGGAGCAGUUCGGCGUGCACGUGUGCGACCGCCGCGGCACGCGCACGGACUACGCGGAGCGCUGGCCUCACGUGGACGUCUCGUGUGUGACGCACGACGAGGAGACGCUGGACCCCAGCAGCCUCACCAAGCGGGAAAGCAAGGUGGAACUGGCCAGGAGGGGCCAUGACUUCCUCCAAUGGCUCAGCGGACGCCCUGAGAAGGAGAUUGUGGUGGGCACCCAUUCGGCUUUUUUGAUGGGUGUCUUCCACAUCGCUUUGGAGAUCGAGGAUGAGUCGAUGAAGAACUUCUUUAAGACAGGAGAGCUGCGCUCCGUGCUCCUCGAAGUCCAGGCCGAGCAGAGUAACCUGGUGCUCUGGUGUUCAUGCCCAAAGAUGGCAGGAAACCCCUACUGCUGGGUGGCCGGCUUUUCCUACGAGAUUUGCUGCCAGGGCUUCGGUGCAGGUGGAAAUCCCGCCUGCUGGGAUGGGCACUUCACCUACGCGCGCUGCUGCGUGGCGCCCGAGGAGGAAGCCUUGGCGCAGGUGGCGGCGGCCGCUGCGGAGCGGGCGAGGAAGGUGGAGCGGGUGGGGUUGUACAAAGACUACGUGCCCGGCAAGGACUGCUGGACCCCACCCCUGAGCUACGAGCUUUGCUGUGACCUCACACAAGGGCCUCGGGGCCGUGCGCAUUGCUGGGACGAGUGGCGCCUGACCUUUGAGCGGUGCUGCUUCCUGGGCGAGGAGCUCAAUCAAGGGCGCUGGCAAUUGCCUUUGCCCCCAAAGCCAGAUGAGAUCGCAGAAGAGGAAGAGGAGGAGGCCCCCAGCGGUCCUGUGGGCUCGCAAUGUUGGAGCAACGGCUACAGCUUUCGUGCCUGCUGCCGCUUGGGCGACGAGGAGGAGGACUUCAGCGAGCAGAGGGAGAGUUGCUGGGAUGGGCUUCAUACCGAAGAGCGCUGUUGUCGGGGGCUGGUAACGCCCCCCACACGCUGGCGCCCCGCGCUGGCCAAAGGUUCCAAGGCGCAAUGCCUCACGGCCGUGUUGGCCAGGCCCCUGCGCCUGACGGAGAGUCCGGACCACUGCCCAGCGGGGGAGCAUCGCUACUUCUACCUGGCGCAACUGGGCAAGGUGCGAUUGAGGAUGGACUUCGACGCCACAGCCAUCCCAUGGUUUUUGGAACCGCAGUGGAACACCUCGGCUUGGGCACAGCACGUGGCACGCUACGGGCCCUCUGGCGUGCAUGAUCACAAGGUGGUGGGUGGCCUGUGCGUUCCGUUGGACUGUGAGAUGUCCACCACGGCGCAGUUCCUGGCGCCACGCGUGGCACCCUGGUGGCGUUUCCCUAUGUUGGAGCCGUGGCCGCUGAAUGGCAGCCAUGUGCUGCUCCCUCCGCCGCUGGCGAUUGCGCACCAGCUGCACCCCAAGGAGGAGACGGGCGUCACGAUGUGGGUCUCCAAAAGCAGUUGCCAAUCAAUGGCGCAGCCCAGCUUUUGUGAGGACUACUGGCAGUUCGCCCUCCACGAGCGCCGCCUCCUCUCCACACCGCCGCUGACUCCCACACGGGAGUCCAUGGCCGUGGCCCUCGGGCUAGCGGCGCUGGCGGCCGUGGUGGCCGGCGUGGUGGUGGCAGAAGAGCGGGACGAGCGGGCCAGGAGCUGUAGAAGCUUUCGAGCAGACCUCCUUCGCGUGCUUUUGACCAUGACCGCGCUUUGGGCACAUGUCUUCCACCAUGGUAGCUGGCAACCUGUGGAGACACCAGGACUUUGGUUUGCCUCGCAGCAUUUGACCUACAAGGUGAACGUGGGCUUUGUAGUGCUCUCCACCCACUUGCGUCUCUCCCGACCGAAGACGGGCCGGACGCUGCUGGGCGGUGCUGUUCAGCGCUAUCUGCAGCUAGCACUACCGCUGGGCCUCUGGACGAUGAUCUACCUCUUCGUCUUCGUGGAAGGCUUGCCCAUGAACAACCUCAUGAAAAGCAGUGGCCUCCACCGGUGGUACACCGAAAAACGCUCUGAGUGCCGGAGACCCGCACAUCUCGCGUUGUCGCUGCUGCUGCUCCACGAGGUGGUCACAGGGCGGAACUCACCUUGCCACAACUCAGAUAUUUUCGAAAGUCAGUUCCUGCUGGAUCUCGCGGUGCUCCUGAUGGCCAGCACCUGUGGCACGCCCCGUGGCGCCCGUGGCACUUCGUUGGCCUGGCUCUUGUGGCUGCUGGCGAUCGUGGUGCGCUUCCGUGCCAUCUCCCUGGAGGAGCACGACUGGGCCUUCGCCUAUUCUCAUCGCUUUCGCAUGCUCCUGCCCUCGGCUCUGGCCACCCUGGGCUGCGGCCUGCGCGGCGGCCUCACCGCGCCGACGCCGCGAGGUUUUGCCUCGGACUUCUUCGGUUUCUGCCUGGUCGCUGGCUCCUGCACUCAGGACCUUUUCCUCUUCGGCUGGCACCAGCAACUUCUCCUGAAGCCCUUGCAGAGAGCAGUGGCAUUCCAGGUGGCGGAACUGUGCUUUGUCCUUGGUCUCCUCCUUCUACUCCGUCCUUCACCGUCCUCGUCCUCGUCCAGUUUGCGCUGGAUGUCGAAGCUCUCCUUGGGAGUCAACGUCUCCAACCUCUUCGUCUUCCAUGCCUUGGGUGGCUACAUCUUAGAGGAUCCGUUGCCAAUGUCCCUGACCUCUGUGGUUCUAUGCUUUCUCUUGGUCUAUGGGGUCUCCGCUGUGCCUGGCAUCCCGGGAUCAGGCUGGCGCUGA